CCAGGAAGUUAUGCCUCUGAAAAUUACAAGGAGCGCUAGAACAUGAUCGCUGUUACUGGUGCAGAGAGAGGUGAUCGCAUUUAGACUGAUCUGUACAUAUUCAUGGUCAUCAGCGAAUGGGACGUGAUCUCAGCAUUCGCUUUUAGACGUGCAAAAAGAAGGGAACUUCUUGCAGCCUCGACAAGAGACAAUAUCAAGAUGAUAAAGAAAGCUACCCGCAUCAUAAUAUUUCUGGGUGUGUUGGUAAUGCUCCAGGAAAUUGACAGUUCCCAUUCUUCCGCCAUAUCAAGAGUAAAAAAACGGGAAAUUGCAAGCGACGAAGAAUAUGAGUGCGGUGAUGAUGAUAUGAUACAAGAAGAAGAAAACAGCCAGGACAUCGAUGAAAAUGGCGGAGGCUCAAGCCCUGGUGGGGAAGAGCGCCUUGGAUUGGCGCCACAGAAGCCCAAGACACAACAAAGCUCUAGGCGCGGUGUUGUAAGAUUCCUCUCAAAGAUUUUCCGUCGCGUGCCAAAGACCGCUCAAGUUCUCAACAUUCUCACGUCCGGCGCCUCAAUGUUCCAAGCAGCUUUCCAUGCGAUAGGAAAAUGCUGCCACACGAGUGCUUGCGAUUACAGGAAAGAUUUUGUCGAGCUCAAAGCAGAGGUAGAGGCACUUAUGACGGAGACAGACGCCAUGAGUCUGAGACUACAAAAGCAAGAAAAUUGGGUUUGCCGUAGCCUUACAGCCUUUCUGCAAUCGAUGAAAACCAUCGAAGAUAUUGGAAACUCUCAACUGGAAUAUUUAAAAACCUUGUCACCAACAGUCCGUGAUCUGCUUAUCGAGGCAGGGGACAAAGCGAAGAGAUAUAUUGAUAGAAUGAAGAAAACGGGAGAAAAUGUUGAAUACAUGAAGGUCGCCCAAUACUACAGUUCGGCUCUAGAUACAGCCAUGAAUAUAGGGGUGCCGAUGAUCGCAACCUUGUCGCCGGCUACCGGGGUACUGAUCAAUUACGCCAAGAGAAAAAUUACAGCCGUGGAAGUUAGCAAGCUGUCUAGAAGAAACGCGAUACGCUGGAAGAACCCUACUACUCAAGCAAGCAGCCCUCAAGCUCAACAGCUUAUCAAGAAAAAUAUGAACAUCGGCUCAAUUCGAACUCAGCUACGUCAAGCCAAAACUUUGAAAACUACUCUGACGCAGAAGGUUAAAAGGUUUGCACAGCUUGCCGGUAAAGGUUUCCAGGCGGCAUUCGAUUUAGCCAGUACAGGUUUCAACAUUUACACGAUGAUCAAAGCAGAGCAGUAUUGUAAAGACAUAGAAACCGCAGCGAAGCAAUCACGUGACAAGCUGAGGGAGACCAAGGCGAUCUUUGAAGAGGGUCGUAAGAACCUGACUUCAGUACAAGCUGCUAUCACACAGGCAUACGGAGAACUGUAUUCAAACAUGACUGAUGACUUGACCAUCAGCAAUCUGGAGGAAAUCCAUAAGAUGCUGAUCGAUGUAUCUUCCAAAUCAGAUGAUCACACAGAUUUAGUAGAGAUCGCUGGGAAUCUACAAGUCUAUGUGAAUGGAGUCCAUGAAGUCAGCGGGGAAGAGGCAACAUUCAAUUUGAUCCAAAACAAUCUCUUGGUACCCCUGAAGAAAGUCCCGUUCUCGAUGAACUGUUACAAGAAAAAGAACAAUGCAAUGAACGCAGUAUUGGACGGAUGCAAAUCUGGGCUAGAUAAGACGCUCGACAAGCUACUUGAGGAAAAUUUCGAUACAAGUAACGAUGAAGACAAUACAUGCCAUGAGAAAAUCGGCGAAUACAUCAAUAAGGAUGUGGUCAAGCAAGUUUGGACCGGAAUGGCCAAGAACAAAAACUUUAAUGAAGUCUGUAUCUUGAAUAGCGACCCUUUUAUUGCCCUUAUUUGCGGCCAGAAGAGUGACGGCUAUAACGCUAAGGCCAUCGCUAGAGGAAAGGCUCCUGUGGAUGCCGUUCAGAGGAUCAUGGACAAAUGUUCAGCGCCAAAGGAUAUACACCCAAAUGACGUUGAAACUAUUUGCGGAAUGAAGCGCAUUCGCGUGUCACUUCAAGACGUGAAAAAUUUAUUAAAGCACAAGAAUUUUCCAGAGAGUGCUUUGAGGGAGGCCUACAAUAACUGUUAAUCUUAGAGUCUCUACCAGCUGCCAUUUUGUUACAUUAUUUGCGAAAGAUAUAAUUUUCAUCCAUUGAAUUUGGGUUGAAAUAUAAAAUCUUUGUUUGAAGUUUCUAAAAUGAUAACAAACGGUGUGGCUUGUAUUGUAAGGGCUUCUUAAGAUAACCAGGAAAUGACAAAAUUCAACAGGAACACGUAUUUACUCAGAAUGGAAAAGAAAGAAUAAAUAUAAAAUAAAAACUAUACAUGUUAAAUAAAAUAACUAGCUUUCAGAAAAUUCUAUAAAAUAGAAUGUAAAACUCUCUUUGAAAAACCAGGGAUGUUUCUUUUAGAAAAUAAAACCCUUGGGUUUCCAAGAAUGAUGUUAAACGAGAAAUGAAGAAAGGUUUGCAGCAUGAAAA